UGGACCAGUCAGACCGCAGCAGCUAGAGAAAAGAGUACGCUGCUGUUGCUUUCCUCCACUCCUCAGCCGAGCAACGGCACAAAACGUCUCCGGAUAACGUCUAUUUAUCUUACAAAACCCACUAUUUUCUUCUCUACCUGUCGGACUGAGCUGCCAUCGUCAUGUCUAAAGGUACAGUGGUUUUGGCCUACAGUGGUGGACUGGACACAUCCUGUAUUCUUGUUUGGCUGAAGGAACAGGGCUACGAUGUGAUCACAUUCUUGGCCAACAUUGGACAAGAUGAGGAUUUUGAAGCUGCCCAGAAAAAGGCAGAAAGCCUCGGUGCAAAGAAGGUGUACAUUGAAGACCUGCGUGCUGAGUUUGUGGAGGACUUCAUCUGGCCCACAGUCCAAGCCAAUGCUGUCUACGAGGACCGAUACCUGCUGGGCACUGCGGUAGCACGACCCUGCAUCGGACGGCGUCAGGUCAAGAUUGCACGCAGGGAGGGUGCCCAGUUUGUCUCCCAUGGUGCCACAGGAAAGGGCAAUGACCAGAUCCGUUUUGAGCUCACAUGCUACGCCCUCUACCCCGAAGUUAAGAUCAUCGCUCCGUGGAGGAUCCCUGAGUUUUACAACCGUUUCAGGGGGAGAAAAGACCUGAUGGAAUAUGCACAGAAACAUGGCAUCCCUGUGCCUGUCACUCCUCAGGCCCCCUGGAGCAUGGACGCCAACCUCAUGCACAUAAGUUAUGAGUCUGGCAUCCUGGAGAAUCCCAAGAGCCAUGCUCCGGCUGACCUGUACCUGAUGACCAAGAACCCAGAAGAUUCUCCCGACACCCCGGAUGUACUGGAGAUAGAGUUCAGAAACGGAGUGCCUAUAAAGGUAACCAAUGAGAAAGGAGGCAUAUCCAAGAACGUACCACUGGAUAUCUUCUCAUACCUCAAUGAGAUCGGUGGAAAGCACGGCGUGGGCCGGAUUGACAUCGUUGAGAACCGUUUCAUUGGCAUGAAGUCCCGAGGGAUAUAUGAAACCCCAGGAGGCACAAUUCUGUUGAAGGCCCAUUUAGACAUUGAGACCUUCACCAUGGACAAAGAAGUACGUCGGAUCAAGCAGGGCCUGGGUAUCAAGUUCUCUGAACUUGUCUACAACGGUUUCUGGUACAGUCCAGAGUGCGAUUUUGUGCGACACUGCAUUGCCAAGUCCCAGGAGAAUGUGGAGGGCAAAGUCCAGCUCUCUGUCUUCAAGGGUCAGGUCUACAUCCUGGGACGAGAGUCACCCAAGUCCCUUUACAAUGAAGAGCUGGUCAGCAUGGACGUGCAGGGAGACUACGACCCAUGUGAUGCCUCUGGAUUCAUCAGGAUUAAUGCUGUCAGGUUAAGGGAACAUCAUCGUCUGCAGGGCUUCUCCAGCGCCAAGAACUAGCUGUUGCACUCCUGUGAACCAUCUUUCUUUCUUCACUCCUCUCUCUGCAGUGUUUUAAGUUUUUGCCUUAAUGUCUGCUGUUCGUUAUAUUCAGGGUAUGUAGCACACUAGCAAGCACCCCAUGCUCUUCCUGUAAAACUGUGAUAUUUCUUAGGUGGUGAAGAGUGGAGGAAGAAAAAUCUGUGAAAUGUCCAUGCCAGGUACAGUUUGAAUCAGGUGUACAAAUGAUUGUUUGCUAUGCUGUGGGUGAGCAUUUUAGUAGUUUGUAAUUCUUAGUAUAUUAUUUCCUGAUCUUUUCUCAUUCUUGGCAUAGGACAGUGCUCGAUCGCAAAUAUUUUGAUUAGAUUCUCUGUUUCAGAAAUUAAAUGGAGUGAAUUGUA